CUCCAGUUCCUUCGCGGGCGUUUCUUUCCCAGGGAGCGCCGCUAACGGCUCGGCCCGGUCCCUCACCCCCAACUCGUGUUCGGGCGGACGCGAAGCCUCUCGCCGGGGACCGGCCCUCCGCAAGGCCGCAGGCAGCGGCUGGGAAGGUCGGCAGCUGGACGCGGCGACGCCGGGAGGGCAGGAGAGGAGCGGGCCCAGGAAAGCGGUGGCCAAAUAUGGCAGCCGGGCUGGCCACAGAGCGCGGAGCGAAAGCUGAGGACCGGCGGGUAACACGGUACAGACGGAGCCCGCGUCCGCCAUCUACUUCCGGGAUUUAAAACCGGUUUCCGGAAGCCAGGACGGCGUCCCCAUGACAACCGACGUUGGGUCUUUGAGAGUAGUUGCGAGGAUUAAAGGAAAUUGUCCUGGUCGCCAAGUGUAUCAUGGUGCUGGUAGUAGGUGAUAGCUCUCCGCUCAGAGAAAGUGCCAUCACGCAGCCACUAAGGUGGGACUUCUCCACCAGGCCCUUGUCUUAGCGCAAGGAAAACAGCUCCGAUUUGAGGAACUAGUGCUUCUCCCUCAGUGGUGGGAAGAAAGCCCAGAGCUGUCUUCUGGGGAACUGUGGAAUGUGCCCCUGGGGGGCCCAAUAAAGCAGAAGGAAGAUGCUCCAGACCAGUAACUAUAGCCUGGUGCUCUCCCUGCAGUUCCUGCUGCUGUCCUAUGACCUCUUUGUCAAUUCCUUCUCGGAGCUACUCCGGAUGGCUCCUGUCAUCCAGCUGGUGCUCUUCAUCAUCCAGGAUAUCGCAAUCCUCUUCAACAUCAUCAUCAUUUUCCUCAUGUUCUUCAACACCUUCGUCUUCCAGGCUGGCUUGGUCAACCUCCUCUUCCACAAGUUCAAAGGGACCAUCAUCCUCACAGCUGUAUACUUCGCCCUCAGCAUCUCCCUUCAUGUCUGGGUCAUGAACUUACGCUGGAAAAACUCCAACCGCUUUGUCUGGACAGAUGGACUUCAAACGCUGUUUGUAUUCCAGAGACUAGCAGCGGUGUUUUACUGCUACUUCUACAAACGGACAGCUGUGAGACUGGGCGAUCCUCGCUUCUACCAUGACUCAUUAUGGCUGCGCAAGGAGUUCACACAAGUCCAAAGGUGACCACUUCUUGUCACACUGAUGGAUGGAUGCCUUUCCUUCCUGACAGAGGCUAUGUUUGUGGCUCUGUGGGGUGGGCGUCGGCCCUAUGCACAGGAAGCACCUUGACUUUCCUAGGACAGUCUCAGGCCACUUGUGUUCAGCAGUCAAGAAGGAAGAUCUUCCCUCUUGCAAAUUAAAGUGUUUCCCAAUACAGGCUUCAGUACAUAACCCUCCCCGGCCUCCACCUCGGUUCUCCCCCUUUUCCUUUCCUGCUCUCUGUCCUUCUUCUCACACAAGUCUGUGAGGCUUGAUCCUUGGGAAGCUGUCACUUAGCCUGGUACAGGAGGGGCUCCUGGCACCUGCUUUCUUUGCACCAAACAUAAUUAAUGGAUGCAAAGAGUGACAUUUCUGAGCUCCUGACUGAUCACACUGUAGACAUUUAGAUUUUAUACCCAAGGUGGGUGUUUUUUACAUUUUAUAAAUAGGAAAUAAAUUGAAUUCUUUUUCUGUAAGUGGUAGAGUCUGUUUGUGUAGCUAGAUCUCUUCGCAGAUAAGAGGCAUAUCAAGUCCUGGCCUUGGCAUUUACUUGACCCAGUGGGCAGCUUGAGCCACAGAACAAAUAAAGAUAUUUAUUGAGUGCC